AUAAGCACGCACUGGCCACACUGAAUACUGGAACUUGACCCGCAGACCUAUAUAACAGCCGUUACCUCUAAAAACUGUCUUGACAACCAUACAGAAAAAAACAAUUUUUGUAUGCACUUAUUGUAGGGGAGAAAGUGACCGUUUGAUAUACUGAAAUAUGUUUAAAAGUCCUCCAGAAAAGCCACAACGAACACGUCGAUAUGUCGAUGAAGCAUUUAGACAAAUUCAGGAAAAGAAAAACAUUCGCGACAUUAUUAUUAUUAAUGAGCUUGGAAUUCCUGUUAAAAGCACAAUGGAAUUUGAGACCUCUGUCAAAUUUGUUGGCCAUUUUCAAGAACUACGAGGACGAUUGGAGCGAGGUAUGGCGAAAAUUGAUCCCACCGAUGAAUUCUUGAUGCUUAGAGUACGCACUAAAAGUCAUGAAGUCCUGUUAGUGCCAGACGUUAAAAUAACUGUAAUUGUUGUUCAAAAUGCAGCAAAAUAA